CAUUCGUAAAGUCACAAACACAUGUUAAAGAAGAGUGGAAGUAUGGCGGAGACGAACAACCAAGAAAAUGCGACAAAAUUUAAAGAGAAAGGGAACAAAGCCCUGCAGGCUGGCAAUUUGGACGAGGCCAUUCAGAAUUACACCGAAGCUAUAAAUCUGGAUCCAAAUAACCACGUCUUCUACAGUAACAGAUCAGCUGCAUAUGCCAAGAAUGGUUGUUACGAUGAAGCAUUAGUAGAUGCGCAGAAAACAGUGGCAUUGAAACCAGAUUGGCCAAAGGGGUAUUCCAGGCUUGGGGCAGCAUAUGCAUUUCUGUCAAAUCCUGAAGAAGCAGAAAAGGCAUAUCAAAAGGGAUUGGAACUUGAUCCUAAUAAUGCUCAACUCAAAGAUGCCUUGGAAUCAUUGAAAAAAACCUUCUCUGGUCCAGGUAAAAGUGUUCCUGUGGAUAAUCCAUUCUGUACUCCAGAUCUCAUACCAAAACUUGCAGCAAAUCCAAUCACAGCAGCUUACCUGCAAGAUAAGAGCUACUUGGAAAUUUUGAGUGAGUUAAGGAAGGAUACCAAAGCACUAGGAAAAUAUUUCCAAGAUCCACGGAUAAUGAAAACUCUAGAAGUUGUACUUGGUAUUUCUUUGGUAAAAACCGAAAGUCCAGAUGGCAGCUCUGCCCAGUCAACAGCAGAAGAAAAACCAAAACCUGAGAAACCCAAAGAGGAGGUGAAGAAGGAUGAUAUCCCCCAGGAAAAGAAAGAUGCUCUUAAAGAAAAGGAACUGGGCAAUGCUGCUUACAAGAAGAAAGAUCUGGACACAGCCAUCCAGCAUUACACCAAAGGUUACGAGUUAGAUCCCACAAAUGUUACCAUGCUAACGAACCGUGCUGCUGCAUACUUUGAAAAAGAGGAAUAUGAAAAAUGCAUCGAAGAUUGUGAAAUGGCUGUGGAACGAGGGAGAGAACAUCGGGCUGAAUUUAAAAUAAUUGCUCGUGCCCUUGAGAGAAUAGGAAAAGUCUAUAUGAAGCAGGAUAAACAAGAAAAAGCAUUGGAGUACUUUGAAAAAUCUUUGACAGAAUCCCGCUCUGAUGCUCUUUUACAAAAAGUCAACAAGCUAAAAAAAGAAAUCAAGGAAAGGGAAAGACAGGCCUACAUCAAUCCUGAAAUGGCAGAAGAGGAAAGACAGAAAGGGAACGAAUUAUUCAAGAAAGGGCAGUUUCCUGAAGCAUUGAAACACUACACAGAAGCUAUUAAAAGAAAUCCAACUGACGCAAAGCUUUACAGCAACCGCGCUGCAUGUUAUCAGAAGUUAGCUGAAAUCCGCCUUGCCCUUAAGGACUGUGAUGAAUGCAUCAAGCUUGACCCAACAUUUGUCAAAGGGUAUACAAGAAAGGGUGCAUGUCACUUUGCCAUGAAAGAAUUCAGCACAGCAAUCAAUGCCUACAGUAAAGCUUUAGAACUGGAUAAAGAAAACAAAGAAGCACAAGAGGGCUUACAAAGAUGUUAUGUCAGUUCAACUACGCCAUCCUCAGAUCCUGAGGAAGUUAAAAAGAGAGCAAUGGCUGAUCCUGAAGUUCAGGAAAUUCUAAGUGAUCCAGCCAUGAGAAUGAUCCUUGAGCAAAUGACAGAAAAUCCAGGAGCAAUUCAAGACCAUCUUAGGAAUCCAGAUAUAGCAAGGAAGAUCCAGAAACUAAUGGAAGUUGGAGUAUUGCAAAUGAGAUAACUGACGUUCCUCCAAGAAAUCUACGUGCAUCUCACUCUAUGAGAAGAAUCAUCACUAACUAUGCUUGAUUUACUGUUAUUGCUGCUCAGAUAAAUGUAUAUGGUUGUAGGGAGUG